CGGGUUUUCCAGGCUGGUGAUGCUCGUUACCCACAUGAAUGCAUUUGAGGAAGCGUAACUAGUGUAUUUUCUAUCCCAGCACUCCCAGCUAUCGUGCAGAUGCGGGUUCUGGCAGCGCUACUCGCGUGCAGCGCUUGCACCGGCUGGAGCCCACAGCUAGCGCUCAAGCACCGCGGCGCGCGCCGCGCCACCGAUGCCCAUCACAAGCACCCUACAGCGCUACACGCCACCGAUGCGGACUGGCAGGAAUUCUGGGAGGAUCUCGCCGCCAGACCCGAAAUUCGUGACGCGUGGCGGCGCGCGCCGUGCGUGCUCAAAGGAAUAGCGCCAGCCGACGCGCUCACGCUCGAGGCACUCACCCAAGCCGUCGACGCGGACCCGUCGACAUUGGAUGAUGCGGCGCGCGUGGCCCACGGCGCGAGCCAAGGGUGGACGAACGUCGCGCUCGACGACGACGCCCGACCGAGCCGACGGCUGCGCGCGUCGUCAUCGAAGGCGAGCGUCCUUUUAAAUCAUGGUGGCGUGGCGUUUCCGUCGCUACUCGGAGGCGCCUGCCGCGCGGCCUUGGACGCCUUCGAGCAGCCCGUAGGGUUGAAUGUCUACUUGACCGGAGAGGAUGUGGAGAAGGCUGCCCCAGCACACACGGACCGCCAGGAGGUCUUCGUGGUGCAGUGCGCCGGCGCGAAGCGGUGGCGCGUCUUCGCGUCAGCCUCGGCGUAGACAUCAAAUUUUCUAGGCCCCGCCUCGAUGGCGUGGCGAUUCUGAUAUUUCUCGCGCAGGCCGCCUCACCCACCGCUCAAUCCGUCGGCGGACCCGUUUGCACGCGGCAAGGGCGACGACGUCCUGGACGAGCGUUCGAUCGCGUGCAUGCUCGACGUCGCGCUCGAGGAGCGGGAUCUUCUGUACAUCCCGGCGGGCUUCCCGCAUUCAACAGCGACGGCGAAUACGUCCUCGCUGCACCUCACGUUCGGGAUGGCGCCGACGUCGAAUUUUGGGUUGUCCCUCGACAGCCUGAGGAUCGCGGCGCGCGGCCGGCGGACGGCCUACGACCCGCUGGACGACCCGGAAAUGCUCCGCGAGGUCGCCGUCGAGAUAUAUCGAGUGUUCGACGCGCCGCUGCCGCUCGGCCGCUUCCUUGGCGCUGAUGGAGACUUCCGGGAGGCAUGCCGGGGGCGCCUGCGGGAGGCGCUCGCGCUCGAAGGUCCGCUCACGACGUUCCGAGCGAACUUGGAAGAUCCAAGUGAUGAUGCUAUCGAUGCCGCCGCGGACCGCGUGCAAACGCACCACGCCGCGGUGCUGGACGAGAUGCGCCGCGCCUACGCGCUGGGCGACGCGCGGCCGGCGUCGGCGCGCGUCGCCGACCACAUCGACCGCCUUGGGGGGUUGGUGGACGCGCUCUGGAACCCGCAACUAGAAAAACUGCGGGCGAAGAUCGCGUCCGCGACGGUGGUCGACCGGAGGCGGCCGGGCUAGGUAAUAUAUCUGCGAGUUUAGUAGGAGAGGGACUUCAGCGGAAGGGGAGAUCAGCUUUGGGUUCAGCGAGCGCUCGCGCGCUCCAGCUAGAUGGGUACCAGCAUGUACGCAUCCGUGGGAAGUGAAUUGUCAGACGGCGUCGCCGGCGUGGCCACCGACGCGAAGUGUCAGACGGAGUUGGCGGCCACGGAGAAGACCGAGUCGGACGUGUCCGCGGCCACGGAGACUGUCUUCUCCGAGGGUAGAUCGGACAGCGCGCCGUCGCCGGUGCCGUCCGAGGGCGCCGACGACGCGCCCAGCGUCGAGUCGGGCGACUUGGCGUCCCCGAUGAUCCCCUCCAUGGCCCGCAGCGACGCCUCGGUGCCUUGCCGCUCGCGCUCGCGCCGUUGUACGGCCUCGCGCGCGGCCAAGAGCUCGUGGACGAAGAGGGCCCCUAUCAACAGCAACCCACCAGCUAAUGUGAAGGGCCCCGGUUUUUCGUUGUAGAUGAGGAAGACCCAGAGCGGGCCCAGCACCGUCUCCAGCAGCGAACAUAAGGACACCUCCGCUCCUGUUAUAUACCUAGGUGCUAUGGAAAAGGCCACGAAGAUUCCCGCGAUGGCGAACCCGUCUAACGCCAUGCAUAGAUAAAACAAUCCUGGAGACGAGACCUUGGGCACGAUGCAGUCGCCCGUGACCAGCGUCGACAGGGACACCAGGACGAACGCGGCCAAUGCACCAACAGUUGUUGCGAACGUGAUCGGCACCCGCGGCCGCUCGCGCGCCGCGUGCCGCACAAUGAUCAAGUAGACGGCCACGGCCACGCCCACGUAGAUCGCCGCGAGGUCGCCCCAGGGGCUGCCUUCCCGGCCUUUCUUGGUAGCGAGCUCGGGCCCAAACACCAUGGCGAUGCAACCCAAGGCAAAAAUGCACGUGACGAUGGUCCUUCUAGGUAAAACGUCUCCUAGGAGAGCGCAUCCGAGUAUCGCGCUCCACAGCACAUUCAGCGAGUACCAGAUCAUCACUCGAGCCGCCGCGAUAAUUAAGAAGGCCAGAGAGAAUAAAACAUCUAGCGAGAUCUGCAGUCCCACCGCGGCCCAGAAGUGCUUCGGGCCCGUCUUGAUGCGCUCAUACAGUGAUUUGACGACGCCUUCAGGUGGUGCGCUCUUCUUCUCAACAUAAAAAACCCACGCGCACGUGAACCAGAACACGAAGAAGAACUUCCAGAAGAGG